CCACCGCCCCCCGUCUCCAGGACGACGCGCGCCGCCAUUUGGGCGUGAGGCGGUGCCGCGGCAACUUCCGGUCAGGCCCAGCCGCGCUCCCCGGCCCAGCCCCGGCCCCGCGGAGCUCCUGAGGCGGAGGUGGAGCGGGACGCGCAGGGUCCCCCCGCGGCGGCCGCGGCCGCCAUGGCCGCCGUGUGGCAGCAGGUGCUCGCCGUGGACGCGCGGUACGCGGCGUACCGCACGCCGCAGCUGCCGCAGUUCCGCACGCAGUACGUGCGGCGGCGCUCGCAGCUGCUGCGGGAGCGGGCGCAGGGCGGGCACCUGGCAGGUGAGGCGCGGCGCUGGUACCUGCGGCUGCGGGCGCGGCUCCUGGCCCAGCGCUACGGCGCCCUGUCCGAGGCGGGCAGCUGCCGCAGCGCCCUCAGGGCCAGCCGGACCACGCUGGACCGCAUGGAGGAUUUCGAGGAGGACCCGCGGGGGUCCCGGGGCCACCGGCGCUCCCUGAGCCGCAGCUCCGGCCCGGGGGGGCUGCGGGGGGGCCCUGAGGAGCGGCCCCCCGGGGUGGUCCCCACCCCCCUGGCCGAGGCCAGCCGGGCCAUGGCCGGGGACACCACCCUGAGCGAGAACUACGCCUUCGCGGGGGUGUUCCACGUCUUCGACCAGCACCUGGACAGUGCAGUGCGGAAGGUGCAGUUUGCCCACGACGAGCGCCACCUGCUGGCCUGCUGCUCGCUGGACGGGACGCUGUCCGUGUGCCGCCUGGCCCCCGGGCCCCCGGCCGUGCUGCGGCGGCUCCGCGGCCACGGCGCCGGCGUCUCGGACUUCGCCUGGUCCCUGUCCAACGACGUGCUGGUGUCCGCCUCGCUGGACGGGACCCUGCGCCUCUGGGACCCCGGGGACGGGCGCUGCAUCCGCCGCGUGCCCGACCCCGACGGGGCAGCACUGCUCUGCUGUGCCUUCCAGCCGCUGAAUAACAACCUGACCGUGGUGGGCAGUGCCCGGCACAUGGUCCGGGUGGUGAACAUCUCCACCGGGAAGGCGGCGCGGGGCGGCACCGGGCGCCUCCCCGGGCGGGUCCUCGCCCUCUGCUUCGACGCCCCCGGGCGCGUCCUGUGGGCCGGGGACGACCGGGGCUCGGUGUCCUCGUUCCUGUGCGACCCCGGCACCGGCCGGCUGACCAAGGCCUCGCGGGUGCUGGUCCAGGCCGGCGGCUCCAUCACGUCGCUCUCGGCCCGGGCCUGGGCCAGCCGGGAGGCUCCGGACCCCUCGCUGCUGGUGAACGCCUGCCCCGACCGCCUGCUGCUCUUCCGGGUGGUGGAGGACGAGGGGGGCUCGGGGGCCCCGGGGCUGCGGCUGCGGCGCAGUUUCCCCACGCGGCACCGGGAGCAGCCCCUGAGGAGCUGCUUCUGUCCCCUGAUGUCCUUCCGGCAGGGAGCCUGCGUGGUGACGGGCAGCGAGGACGCCUCCGUUCACUUUUUCGACGUGGGCCGCGCGGCGCGAGCCACGGUGAACACGCUGCAGGGCCACGGGGCCGCCGUGCUGGCCGUGGCCUUCAACUGCGACGAGUCCCUGCUGGCCUCGGGGGACGCCGCCGGCACCGUCAUCGUCUGGCGCCGCCAGCACGCCUGAGGCACCCCCAGAACCCCCAAACCCCGCGGGGAACCCCCAAAACUGCCUGGAAAUACCCUCAGAAACACCCCAAAAACCACCCCGAAACGUC